AUGGUAGAUUCAUAUUGCAAGCAUCGAAAUCGAAUAUAUCAACGCAGAGAAUCCCACUCCCCUCGCCACAGGCAACACAUUCACAAAUCAACUACUAAAAGCUUGACUAGAAAUUACUAUUCAGGAAGUGGAGAUUAUUCUUAUCAAUCACCUGAACGUCAGCAUCAAAUAUUAUGCUACAAUGAAGACCGUAAAAAUAAGCCUAGUGGUCGACGUAAUUCUAGACAUUAUAUGGACAAUUUCUAUCGUUACGGAUUCGAUUCUGAUGAAUCGGAGACCUCCAGUUACUCAAGUACCAACUCGACGGACACUUACUACGAAAGAAUACCUAGAUACGAUCGGAAAUAUGCGAGAAGACGUAGUCGGAGGUCAUCACACAGAACUCUUCGAAGUAAAUCCAUCAUCACUCCUGGUUGUCGUGGGUGCCAACAACAGGCGGUAAUGCCAAAUGUUUGUCCCCAUGUGGAUGAGCAAAGGAAAAUCUCUGCUUCCUAUGACACGUUGAAGCAAGCUAACAGUCGUCACAAGCAACGACACCAUCAUCACAAACAACACUCUGAAAGUCAGCAAGCAAGUGAAAAUAUACUUCAGACUAAAGAAUUCGGGGAACUAAAGAGAGCUGUAUACAAUAUUAUCAAUGGCUUUACAAGGAGUUUAAGAAAUCAUGAAUGGUACCCUGACCUUGACAAUUUUGGAGCUAAUAAAAACGGAAAAAACAAAGGUAGAGAAAGUGACUGGGUGCAAAUUUACUGA